GGCCCCUUGGGGCAACCCAUCGCAUCAGCCAUGCCCACAUUUGGUGCCUUCAUCCCGCUCCUCCUCUUCAUCUUCCGGGGGGCCUCCUCCCACUGUCACACAGGCACGGCCAAUGAAUGCGAGAAGCACACGGCCUUCAUGCCCGGGCACAGCUUGAUAGGAAAGGGCAUCGAUGUGACCACAAUGGCCAAGAAGGGGGCCAAUCUGGUGAACAGCAGCCUCUGGCAGCACGAGGACGGCACCUGCACCCUGUGUCGGAACCCACUGCAGGGAGAGCAGUGGCAGAGGCUGCCGCUGGCUGCGGUGGACUGGCGAGUCCACAUCUCGUGCAGCCGGAAGCUGAGCGGCUCAGUGCAGCAGUCGGCGAUGGGCAUGAUGGAGUCGGCAGCAACCCCGGUGCAGAACGACUGGAAGGUGGGGCUGGACGUGCCUGUGAAGCCCACGGUUAAUGUCCAGGUGGCUCUGGCUGGAUCACAUUCCAAACUGGCCAGUUUCGUGGUAGACCACACGCGGAUGGACAAAUACAGCUUCGUGAGCCAUGAGGUGUCCUGCGGCUAUUACAGGUUCCGGGUCAGCGAGACGCCCCCGCUCACCAGCCAUUUCACUCUGGCACUGAAGAACCUCCCGGAUCAGUACGACAGCAAAUCGAAGGUGGAGUACCAGCAGCUAAUCAACAACUACGGCACCCACUAUAUGUCCCAGCUGCAGCUGGGGGGCCGGGCGCGGGACGUGACGGCCGUGAGGGUCUGCGAAGCAGCAAUGAGCAGCUUGACUGACGACGAGAUCAAGGACUGCUUGAGCGUGGAGGCGGGUGUGAGUAUCGGAGCGGGCUCUGUCAAGGGUGGGAACAGCAAGUGCGAGGAGGAGAAGAAGAAGGGGAAGGUCCGGGGGAGCUUCCAUGAGACGUAUCGGGAGCGCCACGUGGAGGUGGAGGGAGGAGAGAGCUCGACUGAUGUGCUGUUCUCUGGCAGUGAUGCCAAGGUCUUCUCGACCUGGAUUGAGAGUCUCAAAGGCAACCCUGGCCUGGUGUCCUAUUCGCUGCACCCCAUCCACAUCCUGGUGCAGCAGGACGACCCAAAGCGGGAGGCGCUGAGGCGGGCAGUCAGUGAGUACAUCCUUGAGAGGACCCUGGUGAGGAAUUGCACCCAAAGCUGCCCCCCGGGGACUCAACGCAGCGCCCACGACCCCUGCUCCUGUGUCUGCCCCGGGGAUGCCAUGACCAACACCAUGUGCUGCUCGCGGGAGCGCGGCCUGGGGAAGCUGAUGGUGACAGUGAAGAAGGCCAGUGGCCUGUGGGGGGACUACGUUACCGCUACGGAUGCCUUCGUCAAGGUCUUCUUUGAGAGACGGGAGAUUCAGACCGGCACCAUCUGGAACAACAACAAUCCCGUCUGGAACGUCCAUUUGGACUUCAGUACUGUCCACCUCACCAGCACCAGCAAGAUCCACAUAGAGGUCUGGGACGAGGACAACAAGUGGAACGAUGACCUGCUGGGAGGCUGCGACAUCCCGCUGGAGGCCGGGGGGCCCCACCAGAAGGAUUGCUACCUGAACCACGGCCGCAUCUGGUUCCAGUACAGACUGCGCUGUGGGCCCCACCUCGGGGGCCGGAGCUGCUUCGACUAUGUCUCCCAGCCACCGCAGCAGAGCACAGCCAAGGGGAAAGAGGCGGAGGCCUUCUGGUGAGCCCCGGAUUGGAGAGGGGCGUGGGUGUGCAUUGGUCACUAGCACUCCCUGUCCCCCAGAGCAUUUCCUAGUUCCUACUCUGCUGAUGCUACUGAGCUUCAUGCUGUCACUCCUGCUCGGGAAUCGGUGUCUCCAAUGCCCAUAAGAGACUCUCUGCUCCUGUGGGCCCAUCAUCCUCACAGCUCCCUCUGGGAAAACAUCCCACCAUGAACCGCCCAUUCCGGAUCCAUCAGACCAGUGUGUCCAAUGAUUCCAGCCAUCCAAUGUAUCCACCUAACCAACAUACCAAACUAUGUACCUACUGCAUCCAACCUAUCCCCCCCCCACCCCAUCCAGCCAACUGCCAGCCAACCAACCAACAAAUUGUUGCAUUUAGUUUAUCUAACCUAUUCAAUCAGUAAACCGCCAACUGGAUUUAGUGUAUCCAAUGUAUCCAACCAACCUAUGAAAGAAUGUAGCAGUGCAUCCACCCUAUCCAUCCCUCCAACCAACCAAUGCAUAUAUCUAGUGCAUCUAAGGUAUGCAACAAACCAACCGAUGAAUGAAUGUAUCCAGUGUAUUCAAACAACCACUGAAUUUAUCUAGAGCAUCCAGUGUAAAAAGCCAGCCAGCCAAUUAAUGUGUUUAGGAUGUCCACUGUAACCAGCCAAUCAAAAAUGUAUUUAGCAUAUCCAGGCAACCUGCCAACCAAUGCAUCCAAUGCAUCCAUCCAGCCAACCAACCAGUGUAUGUACCUAGUGCAUCUGGUGUAUCCACCCAACUAAUGUCUUAGGUACAUCUAACCAACAUGUGUAUCCAGUGCAACCAACCAACCAAUCAAUGUCAAGUACAUCCAGUCAACCAAUAUGUGCUGGCAGUGCAAAUAAUCCCUCACCCCACGUAUCCAUCCACCCACAAUUAUCCAGCAGCUUUGGGGUAAAUUAUCUUAUCCUGACAGUGCAGGCCCCACUCACCAUCCAGCUGGAUGUUCCAUGCUCAGAUGAUCAACAGAGAUAAUGUUAUAUCACUUGCCAUUGGUAGGAUUCAGAGUUAACACCCACGAGGACAUGCCACAGGGCUAUCAGUUCAGGCUGUCAGCCGGCUCAGGGAGAUGGCACUGCAUUGGGAUCACACUGGAAAGGGAAAAUUCCCCCUAAUUCUGGGAUUAAGGUAUCUUCCUGGCUCACCCCUAUUUGCAUCUGUGAGAGCCUAGACUAAUAGCUCCAUGGUGCUGUUAACUGGUAAUGAGGGUUAACUCUGAACCCUACUGACUGUAAGUUAAAUAUAUCCAGCCUGUUAAACUGCCAUGCAGCUUUGCAUCUCCACCACAAAAUGAUUUGCUUCUGGGAGGAUUCCAGCUCUCUGGAUCUUUGCAAA